GCCUAAAAAUAACUGAGCACACGACAAGCAGUCGCGCUCAGUGACUUGGCAAAAGCCGUCCGCCAUGCUGCCCACCUCAUGUUGACCUAACCAGCUGCUUAGCUACAAACCGCGUUUUAACUGGAAGGAUGAGCCAUUAUUUCCAUUAUCGUCUGUGCUGAACUCUAAACCUCCCCUCCAAGAAGAACUAGUCUAGAUCUGAAAGCGAGUCGACCAUGGUGCGUAAUGUGGACGACCUGGACUUCUGUCUGUCCUCCCAUCCUCAGAGCAUCCUGGAGGGCUUGCGUUCACUACGCUCUCACCCCAAACUGGUGGACGUAACGCUGAGCGCGGGCGGCCGGGACUUCCCCUGCCACCGUGGCGUGCUGGCCCUGUGCAGCACCUACUUCCGCUGCAUGUUCACAGGGGACUUCGUGGAGAGCAUAGCCGCUCGCGUGGAGCUCUGCGACGUCGAUCCCGACAUCCUCAGCUGCCUGCUGGACUUUGCCUACUCGGGCAAGCUUACCAUCAACCAGAGCAACGUGGAGGGGUUAAUUUGCACCUCCAGUCAGCUGCAGUUCCACACAGUGAGAGCCGUCUGCAGCCGUUACCUCCAGCACCAGAUUGAUGCAACCAAUUGUUUAGGGAUCCUGGAGUUUGGGGAGAUUCACGGCUGUCCUGAGGUGGUGGCCAAAGCGUGGGCCUUCCUCUUGGAGAACUUUGAGGCUCUGCAGCAAGGUGAGGAAUUUCUACUGUUGGGGAAAGACAGGCUCGUUUCCUGCCUUUCCAAUGAAGGACUACAAAUCCGCUCAGAGUGCACCCGCGUGGAGGCCAUCCUGAAAUGGGUGAGGCACCACAAAGAGACCCGACUUUGCCACCUUCCCGAGCUCCUCGGCUUGUGUCGUCUGGCUCUGCUCAGUCUGGAGUACCUGGCAGAUAUCCUGCUGAAGGACAGCCUGGUGCAGGAGUCUCCAAGCUGCAUAGAAGUUGUAGAAAAGAUUUACAGAGAGAAAAUAGAUUUGGAACCGCAGCGUCCAGACAGACUCUACUCUCAAAGUCCACAAUCGAACCUGCAGGAGGUUCUGUUUGUGAUGGGAGGUCGGUCGCUGGAUGACUCGGAUGAUGACGACUCCGAUGAAGAUGAGGACAGAGACCCGAGGCUGCAAAGACAGCCGCCCAACAACUGCGCCUUCUAUAACACAAAGACUAAACAGUGGCAUGAGCUCCCUAAUUUCCCUAACCCUAACAAGUGGGGUUACUCAAUGGUCUCCUUGAACAAUGAUGUGUAUGUGACAGGUGGGUCAGGGGGUUCGCGAGGAUCAAAUACCAACACCUGGUCGACCACAGAGACCUGGAGGUACAUCACAAAAGAGGGACGGUGGGAAACGGUGGCUGCGAUGCUCCGGCCUCGGACUAACCACACAUCAGCAACCCUUAAUGGCGAGAUCUACGUCAUCGGAGGCACAACAUCAGACCGAGUUGAGGUUGAGCAUUAUGACCCUUACAGCAACACCUGGGCCUUGUCCUGUCCUGCUUUAAAAUAUGUGACUAACUUCACUGCCACAGCGUGUCAUGGGAAGCUCUAUGUGAUUGGCUCGUGUGCUGUCAAGUACAAUGCGUUGACCAUGCAGUGCUACAACCCUGUCAUAGACAGCUGGAUCAGCAUAGGUUCACCCUUUAUCCCCAAAUAUUUGUCUUCUCCUUGUUCUGUCUGUGUGGAUGGAAUUAUUUAUUUGGUUGCUGACAACACCAAGAAAGUCUACUCUUACGAUCCAGAGGCGAACAUGUGGCAGAAGAUCCAGCUUCUUCACAUGCUACAUGAAAAUGGUGGUCUGGUAACGCUAGAUGGGAAGCUGUUUGUUACUGGAGGUCACUGGAAAGGUCUGGAGGGGGACUAUGGAGUGGAGGUGGAACUUUACAACCGAGCAUCCAACACCUGGGAGGUGGAGUGCUACCUGCCCAGACUUUGGUUCUACAGCGGGGUCUGCACCAUCUUCUUAGACCCAUCACAGUGGCCUGAGCUUUUCCCCACAGGUUCAACAUAAUGGCGACACUAAUGAACCAAAAUGUUGCAGUUAAUUAGUUCAGGUUGGCCCCCCUCUCACUGACUAUCUAGAUGCACUGUCACACACAGUGGUAAUGUAGUCACCUUAAAAAUUGAGAAUGAAGUUUCCUUGAGUGGCUCUAAACAAAUAGAGAGUGAUCAAUAGAUGUCAAACAGCAUCACAGCAUGUACAGUGAAUUGUAUAGGGAACAGUGUAAAGUGACAUGUAGGAUACAGAGAUGUGACAAUGCAAAUGGAAUGUUUAUCCCAGGAUUUCAUUGUGCCCUAAAAUAAUACUGUAUGUUACGUGAUCCUGAGGUAUUCUCGUUUGCUUUUACGGCCUGCUUGGCUGCUCAUAAGGAGUUUAUUUAUACUUGCAUCAUGUGUCUGAGAUAUGUGUGUUGUUUGUGAGUCAAUAAAUGUUUGAUGCAAUAA